GCGAACGACCGUUUGUGACGGUACUACAUUUUUUUCCCCCCCAACUCUGGUCGGCCACCAUUUUGGGAGUCAAAACACCCAACAAAUAGCAACACACACCUCCACGCUUCUCCGUGGCCUUACUAUGGUUCACACAUGUGUGGUGGCAGGCUGUAGGAACAGAAGGACACCAGGCACCACCUUAUCUUUCUACCGUUUCCCCCGGGACCCCGAGAGGAAGCAGCGCUGGAUAGCUGCUGUGAACCGCGAGGGCUGGGUUCCGAACGACGGCAGUAGGCUGUGUAGUACUCACUUCAUCUCGGGUAAACAGGUGAAGAAUCCGCGUUCGCCAGAUUAUGUUCCUUCUGUGUUCACAACAGCUCCCUUAUCCCCAGAGAUGAAGGAGCCAGGUGCCUUGGAGAUCCUGGACAAGCAGGAAGCGCGUGUGGAGGCGGCCAAUGCCUUGUUGUUCCUGCAGGGCCAGGGCAGGCCUGUGGUGGGGGAGCGGGGCCAGGAAGAGCAUCCUGAGGAGAGGGAGCAGGAGGCCAUUGUGGAGGAAAGUGGGUCCUCUUCCCUAAGCACUGAUGAAGACGAUGACGAUGAAUCUGUGAGUGACAGCAAGAAAGGAAAGUUUGCUCAGACCGCCAGAUGCACCAGUUAACUUUGACGACAUCCUGAAAGCCCUGAAGAAGGAGAACCAGGCCCUCAGGGAGUCUGUGGAGAAAAUGUCCCUCACUGAGAACUCCCUGAGGAACGAUGCAGAGAAAGUAAAGUUUUACACUGGCUUACCCAACUAUUUUGUCCUAGAGACGGUCAUGUGGCUGCUGGCACCUCACAUGGACGGGAUGAAAAACAUGAAGCUCUCAAAGUUCCAGCAGCUGCUGCUGACACUGAUGCGUCUCCGUCUGGACCUCCGCAACCAAGACCUGGCCUACCGCUUUGGUGUGAAAGUCGGCACGGUAACCAGAACAGUGCACCAGAUGGUCAACAUCAUGUCCUCCACUCUGGUGCCGACAGCCGUCUUCUGGCCCUCAAGAGCCGAGCUGCGGAAAAACCUGCCGGCAGCUCUGCGCACCUCCCACCCUGACUGCGCUGUCAUCAUAGACUGUUUCAUGGUGCCUUUUGAGGAGCCGGUUUCCCGGGGCAACCAGCAGCAGCAGCAACAACAGCAGAGGACAGUGGCAAGCUCUCAGGGGGUGGGGACUAGUUAUAAUGUGUUAAAGUAUCUGAUUGGUGUGGCUCCGCAAGGCGUUGUCACCUUCGUCUCUAGGGGCGUGCUGGGAAACGUCAGUGACAAAAGCCUGGCCGAGGGCUGCGGAUUUCUGUGCAAGCUUCUUCCAGGGGAUGUCGUAUUGGCGAGUCGCGAUCUCGACAUCGCCGAUUCUGUGGCCGCCCGCGGAGCCCUGUUUAAAAUAGCUGCCAGCUACCAAGGAGAGACUGAUACUUCCUCUGAGGCACUGAGUGUGCAGAGGCAUGUGGAGAGGGUGAUCUCCAUGGUAAAACAGAGGUACGCCAUGCUCACAGGCCCUGUCGAGAGCCCCUUCACCACGGCCUCUGAGCGUACGUCGAACCUCUCGACCUUUGAUAAGAUUGUGCAAGUUGCCUGUGCCUUAAACAACCUGUGCAUCUCUGCUACUCCACUAGAGUGAUUCGUACAGAAAUGCCUAGUGCUCCUUAAUGCUGGUCAGGCACUUAAGUUCCCUUUACUGCUUUGGACCUUAUUCCAUGUUCUCCCACUAGAUCCCUGUGUCAUCACUACAUGAUUACUACAGAAAAUUGAUUUUAUACUUACCUACUUUAAUUUACACUUUCAGUGUAUGUGACUCCAUGUUAUCUAGGUUGGUUUGUACUUGGAAAUAAGAGCACCUCUCCCAAAUCCAGAAACCACAUUGCAAAGAUGUGAUGUCAUUAAGUUAUGCAACUCAACUAACAAAGAAUGGCAGGCAUGCAAAGGAUGUUUUAUUUAGGCUUUGAAUGACAACCUGUGAGUGAAAUGUACCUUUUUUUAAAAAUUAGUUUGCAUUAGCCAUUUGUAAAUAUUGAGGUAUAUAAACUGCAGAUUGGGUGGUGCAGUCAAUGUUCCUACUAAUCCAAUCCUGUGCCAUGCAAGAGUUAAGUUUUUUUUUUUUUUAAAUCCCGAACAAAUACUACAGCCGCUGACUUCACUGAUUACUUCCUCCCUCUCUUGCAGAAAGAGGGUUUGUUGGUUAAACCAGCUGUUUUGUCGCUUCCCUGCUUAUAUAUCAUGAACAGUACACACAAUACAAAGAGAUAUAACACAGGUUAAAGCAACAAGAACAGCAUGCAUAGUAAUGCAGCUCUUGGAUAAGAGUUUCUCCUGCCUGUUCAGCAUGCAGAGAUAGAAACAUGUCAUGGUUAAUGGGGGUUUUGAGGGAUUAUUGGGUGGAAACUAACCUUUUUAGGCAUUUUUGCACAUUUUUUGGCUGCCAGCUAGAUUUUAUAACAAUAGAAUACAGUCACUCCGGGAUCAUUAGCUACCUGUUAGCACAGACAAACAUACCACCCACGCACCAAUUUACUACCAUAUGGCCAGAGUCUGGAGUUAAUUUAUCUGCUGUGCUUCCUGGCUUUGUAGAAACACAACUCAUUUCCAGGUUGUUGUUUUGUUUUUUUUUUCGAUAAGAGCUUCCCAGUUGAAUGGCAGAUGUCCUCUUCAACAGCGGUUUACUGGUAUUGUUAAUAUUUACACAAAAUAAACAGCCCUCCCUACAGAAACUUAAACUGCUGGGUGGCAAAAUAACAGAAAUGGACCAAAAAGAUAACUAGUUUUCACCACAGGUCAGAUACAAUACAGCGCUCAUGGAAUGUCAGGUGGAUGCUUGUCCAGGUUCAAACCUCGGCUGUAUAACUAACAAUGAUGUCAAUAUUUACCACGCCAAACUAGUGUUUAAAGAUAUUUGUGCAGGUAACUUUUUAUUUUUAUUUAUUUAUUUUUUAAGUAUUCCAGUUCGCUAAAAUGGUUAAGCUGUCGUAUUUAAUACAAAGCUUGAGAUUUAUAAAAGAUGUUCUUUGUGCUGGUGAAGAAGGAACGAUUACUGUUGUUUCCAGGGUCAUUUUCCAUACGUACAUGUUGGUCUAACAUCACAUAGCAGGGAGCAGGACAAACUCAUUAUUCUGUGGCCACUGACGUCAUAAAAACGUCAUAGGCAGGCAUUUGAAUACUGAAAUUAAGCGCCAUUGUGCAAUUCUUUACAGCCAUAGUGAAUUAAAGUAUCAUUACAAGUGAUUGAAAGAGAUGUGUUCUAAAAGGAAUGACUUCCCAAAGGCAACCAGAGUUUGUUUUUUGUUUUUCUCACAGACACUGAAGUGUUGUUGAGGAGGUUUAAUUAACACUUUGUUCAGAUGAGCAUGUCAGCUUCAACACUUGGAGAAUGUACAUUUAAUUUGUGACUGUUUGAUUCUCAUCGGCUUUGUUCAAUGUGUUCUGUUCUGAUUGAUUGUUAAACUGUUGUUGGACCGUGAGUACAAACCACAGAGACGUGACGUUUCUGUUGGCUGGAGGCUGUUUUCAACAACUGUUAACCAGCCAUUGAAGUGCAUUUUUUUUAUGUUUUUAAUAGUUUGUCAAAUUAAGCUAAGAUAUGUGCUUACAUGUAGUCACAAACUGAAAGAUCUGUACAGUGUAUCUUUAGAAAAAAUCUCAUGAUUUCAGAGUUACCUGCGUAAAACAAAACCCUGCUUAUUGAAAUGCGACUUUUGUUGUCCUGCAUCGCUGGUGCCUUAGUUUGUAAAGCUGGUACUGCUGUUACAAAUCAGCCUGCGUUUUUUUUUUUUUUUUUCCUACAAAUAUUUAUUUUUACAUCGUACAAUAUGCUUUAGACACCUUACUCAACUAGACAUGCAUAAACAGUCAAAUGUUAACAGAGCAUCCCUUAUCAUUAUUCACCAAGUUUUGUGUGUGUAGACUACAGUAAGAAAUGUUUUAGAUUAUUCAUCCGUCUACCAUUUAAUGUGUAUAAAUUCCAAAUGAUAAGUAAUUAUACAUGGAUUACAAUUUAUCUCUUAAGAGAGAAGUUUUGAGGGGUUAAGCGUUACAACAGCGGUUCUUGUGCUUUGGCUCAGGGCCCAAAAUCAAUUGGGGAAAGGUUCUUCACACGAUGGGAAGCUGGUUACAACAAGAGAGACUAAACUGGCUUCAGAAGGUGUUGCUUCAUAAGCAGUGUGAGGUUCAGAUAGGCGUGCCAUGGUAGCCCGAAGUGGAAUGUGCCUUCUGUUCUCAGGCCGCUGAAUGUUCCCUUCCAUGUAUGUCUUUCCUGACCAGUUAUGUUUGUCUUGUGCUCGUAACGUAUGCUCACAUCAAACAGAUUUUCUCUCUGCCUGCGAUGGCUUUUUUUUAAUUUUUUUUUUCUUCAUUUCUUUGUUGGUGAGGUUAAAGGUCCAGUGUGGAGGAUUUAGUGACAUCUAGCGGUGAAAAUUGCUGUUUGCAACCAUUUGAAUACCGCUCGCCUCACCCUCCCCUUCCAAACAUGUAGGAGAAACUAUGGUGGCUGCGAAACUCGCGCAAAACGCGAAAGGCCCUAUCUAGACCCAGUGAUUGGUUUGUCCGUUCUGGGCUGCUGUAGAAACAUGGCGGUGCAACAUGGCGGCCUCCGUGGAAGGGGACCCGCUCCCUCUGUAGAUAAAAACAGCUUAUUCUAAGGUAAUGAAAACGCAACAAGUCGAAUUUUCAGGUGAUUAUACACUAAGGAAAACGUACUUGCUAAUAGCUCCUCCUAAAUGUUACAUCCUGGACCUUUAACUACCCAGUCGGUCUUCUGUUUACUCCGAACAAACCAGAAACAUGAAAUUAAUCAGCACUACUAAUGUUGAUGGAAAAAUAUUCUUUAAGCAGUUUCUAUCUUCAGUAGUGCAUGUGCUUUUUUGAUGAACAGACAUGCUUCCUUUCCAACGUAAGGCAAGUCAAAGUGAUGGGUACUAUGACAACUUUUUACAACUAAGAUCUUAUUUUAUUUAUUGCAGUUGCUGCUUCUGAACGCAUAAAAUGCAUCACUUCCUGUGUACUAGAGGAUUGUGAUCAGGUGAGAUCUGCCAAAUACUAGUUUUAAGAAUAGUUAAUAGCAAAUUGCGAAAUGAAUGCUGGUUGAGUCUCUAUUAUGUUCUAGCAACACAACUUUGCAUUUGGGUUUUAUAUAAGAGCGAGUGAUGUUGAUGGUUCACUUUGCAUGAACUCCUACUCUAAAAUAAACAAAGAGUUUCAAGGUUGAGGUAAAUGAAACAUGUUCACAGACAAAACGUUCAUGUCCGUGUUUUUUUUUUUUUGUAAACCCAAUAUUUUUUUCCAAGCUAUCUGUGUUUAUCUCACAUUACAUUUCUAUUGCUGUUUUGCAUUUUAUUGUUAUGGGUGCAUGUGCUUCCAUGAUGUGUAAUCUCUAAAAGUUUUCAAUUUCUCGUUCAGUUUUUCUUCAUUGUUGCCUCUGUGACUGAAAAAUUAAAGUUUGGGGAAAUGCAA